AUUUUUUUGGACGACUAGUGAUAAGAAACUUUGUACACCUGGUUGCAGUUUAUUAUUUUCAAGGCGCUCAACGCUUAAAUUACAUUAUAACACAAGAUAGCGCCAUAUAAUUCACCAGUGAAUACUGAUUUUACUGAUUUUAGUAUUGUAUAAUAUACUGUUUAUUAUAUAAGUACUUAGAUUUAUACGAUCGAUCGGUACAGGCGGGCGCGCGGUUUUAAAUUUUUUUGACAAUGUUCCGGAAGGUGGUGAAGGGAUUUGAUAGUAUAUUCGGAAAGCCAGGAAAAUUGUCUACAAGUUAAUUAUGAAUCAAGAGUGCACACGGGUCAACCUUUUCCUGGCUUUCCGAAUAUACUAUCGAAAUAUAGAAAAGAUAUCUACUCUUCAAUGUGGUUUGAAUCCUAGAUAAAAUGUCAGACUGCCCACACUAUUUUAUAAUAUGAAAUUGAAAUGAACACCAGACGGCUAGACUAUAAAAUUCCAGAACAGAAAAUAGAAAAUGAUAAUUUGAUAAAAUGACAAAGUCUGCUAUGAGAGGCGCAUUAAUUGUUUUAGAAGGCUGUGAUAGAUCAGGAAAAACAACACAAUGUGCAAAACUGGUUGAAGCUUUGAAUAAUAUGAAAAUACCUGCAAAAAAGAUAUCUUUUCCAGAUCGAUCUACUCCUAUUGGUUCAUUAAUCAAUGAUUAUUUAUCAAGAAAAAUUGAGUUACCAGAUCGAUCAGUACAUUUAUUAUUUAGUGCUAACCGUUGGGAACUAGAACCAGAAAUUCGUAAGCAAAUUGAAUCUGGUGUAACAUUAAUUGUGGAUCGGUACUCGUAUUCUGGUGUAGUUUUUACAAGUGCUAAACAAUGUGUGGAUUUUAAAUGGUGUUGUGGACCAGAAAAUGGUUUACCUAAGCCAGAUAUAGUGAUGUUUUUAAAAUUAUCAACUAGUGAAAUGGCUAAACGAUCUGGUUUUGGUGAUGAAAGAUAUGAAAAUAUUGAAUUCCAAAACAAAGUUGAUAUCAAUUAUGAUAAAUUUAAAAAUGAUAAUUUUAUUCAAGUAGAUGCAGCUCAAGAUGUGUCAAUUUUAACAGAUACUCUUUUAGCACAAGUUUUAAAAACUAUAGAUACUGUUAAAAACCAAGAAUUAGACGAUUUAGUUUUACCAUAAAAUCAAGUUACCAAUGCUAACAAUAUUACCAUAGUACAUUUUAAAUCACUUGAUGAAUUAUUUUUUCUUAAAUAAUC